AUGGGCCACCUAACCAGAGUAGCCAUCCCGUUUAUUCUCCUAAUGAUAAGUGAUAAGGUGCCAUUUGUCGGAAGCUUCUUCAGCGCAAGCGGUGGUGGCGAAAUGGCCCAGAGGGGGGGGAGGAAGGGAAGAAACGACUGUUACCACGUGUCGAAGCGGAGGAAAGGCGCGAGGGAGGUAGUCCGAAGUAGUGUUGCAAGGGAGGGGCUCCUAAAUAGCGUUGCACGGGAACAGGGAGGGAGUCCGCUGGGCGGCCCCCCCGUGCUAGAUGGGGUAGACAAAGCGGAGGACACAAGCUGUGAUGGCGGUGAUGACCGUGCAGACGCCCACGGUGGGUACCCCACACAUUGCUACACAGCCGAGCUGGACAUCUUCCAGAAUGACUGCCUACAGCUGAAGCAGUGGUACCAAGGGCAGCAGGUGCGGGAGAAGUGGAAGCAAAAGCACAUCGAAAAUGUGCGGAGCAACUACGAGAAGGUCCUCCUAAACAACAAGUACAAUGAGCUGUUUAACAUGUAUAGAAAUGUCAAAAAAAAUAAUGUAGAAAAUUCUAAAAGGAGAGUUAAAACGAACAGAAUCAAUCCGGUCGUCUAUAUAAAAAAAAGACUAGUCUCAGCAACAGCAAAGUAUAUUAAAAUGUCCUUUAUAAAAACGAGGAAGAUUCUUUGGAAAAUCAGAUACAUGCCCAUAAUAAAGGCCUUCGCUUUUCUGUACUACUACGGCACGAACAAAUACACGGUGAAUAUUUACAAGUGCAUUAAGUCGUGCCUCUUUAACGCCAUUAACAAAUACGGGCGGAAUAAUAUCAAGCCCGUUUUCCACACGCUGCAGGCUAAUAUGGGUGGGUACACCAAGAAGAUUAACAUCCGCGCCAAGGGGAAAACGGACAUCAUACGCGAGCCGCACACGCACAUUCGGGUGGUCCUCGAGGUGUAG